CCUUUCUAAAUACCUGCCUGUAAAGUUUGUUCCAAGAUGAACCCAAUCCAAUCCAGCCCAACAAGAUGCCUCAUUGAAGUGACAUUGUUCCGCCUCGAGCAGCAGGACACCUGUACAGUGAUGUCAUGGAACAGCAGCCAAUAGGAGGAAUGGCCUCUGCGACAUCGUGGUCUGAGGAGGACUUCUCCUGUUCCAUCUGUCUGGAUGUGUUCAACAGCCCAGUUACCACACCAUGUGGACACAACUUCUGCAGAACCUGUAUUACAGUGUUCUGGGAUGACAUGGUCCAGUACAAAUGUCCUGUCUGCAACGAGCUGUUCCACACAAGACCUGUUUUACGGGUUAAUACCUUCAUAUUAGGGAUGGUUGAUCAGUUUAGAAGUUCUGUACGAGUCAAAGAGCAGCCUUGCGUUGAACCCGGAGAAGUUCCUUGUGACGUCUGUACUGGGACCCAGCUGAAGGCAGUGAAGUCCUGCCUGGUGUGUUAUACCUCUUACUGCCAGACCCACCUGGAGCCACAUCAGAGAGUCUCCCGUCUGAAGACACAUCAGCUGGUCGACCCUUUGGACAGUCUGGAAGACAGGAUGUGUAAGAAACACGGCCGACUCCUGGAGCUCUUCUGUCAGACUGACCAGGUGUGUGCGUGUGUGUUGUGCACAAUGACAGACCACAAGUCACAUCCUGUUGUACCUCUGAAGGAGGAAUAUGAAGUGAAGACGGCCCAGCUGGGGAAGAUAGAGGCUGAAGUUCAGCAGAUGAUCAAGGAGAGACAACGAAAGAUUAAAGACAUCAUAGACAGGGUGGACCACAGCAAAGCAGACGCAGACAGAGAGAUAGCCGAUGGUGUGCAGGUCCUCACUGCUCUGAGGCGCUCUGUUGAAAAGUGUCUGGAUGAUCACAACAAAACGGUUCAAGAGAAACUGAAAUCCACAGAGAAAGAAGCUGAAGGCCUCAUCAAAGAGCUGCAGCAGGAAAUAAAAGAUCUGACCAAUAGAAGCUCAGAGGUGAAGCAGUUCUCCCAAACUGAAGACCACCUCCACCUCCUCCAGACCUUCAGAUCCCUGAAGGAUCCUCCACCCACCAGGGACUGGACCACGGUGGAGGUCCGUCCUCCAUCAUACGUUGGGACCUUGAGGAGAGCCCUGGAUCAGCUGGAGGAGACACUGAACAUGGAGGUGAAGAAGGUGCCUGACCUGAGAUCAGCUCUACACAAGUAUGCCUGUGACCUCACACUGGACCCCAACACGGCCUACAGACUCCUCUCUCUGUCAGCCGCUGGUCGGUGCGCCGAGAGUAUGGCGGCGUUCAGGGAGCUCAGCCGCAAGCAUGGUUUCAAGAUCUCCACCACCUUCCCGUGUUCAGUGGAGGACUGCAGUCUGGCAGUGGCAGGUGUUGUCGUGCACAGCAGUAUCAGGCCCACGGGGGGGAGGGUCUUAAGCUUGGGUCUCCACCUCUGCUCCGCCUCCUUCCUCUGUCUGUCCGCCCAGCACGCCUUCACCUCCAGCCCGGUGAUGAACAGUGAGGUGAUGGGUUUGUGUGUGUUUGAUGUUUGGUGUCAAUGUGCUGAUGAGGGGUACGAUGUCUGUGGAGAAGCGGCCCGCACCAGGACAUCCUGGAGGUCCCAGGACGUCCUGGAGGUCCCAGGACUUUCCUUCCCAGUCCGGGUCCUGUUCCUUGUCCCGGUCCGGGUCCUGGUCCAGGCCCCGCUCCUGGUCCUAGUGCGCGUCCUGGUCCCGGUCCCAGUCCCAGUCCGGGUCCUGUUCCUUGUCCCGGUCCGGGUCCUGGUCCAGGCCCCGCUCUGGGUCCUAGUGCGCGUCCUGGUCCCGGUCCGGGUCCGGACCUGGUCCUGA